AUGGACAUUGAUGGCGCCACUCCUAACAGCAAAGUCCAGCUGGGUAUCUGUUACUUUGGAACAAACAGAAGGGAAGUUGUUCCACUCUCUUUGUCCAACACCCAGGCUAGUGUCAUUAACGCCGUCCAAACCACGCCAAUCCCUGGGGGACGAACAUCUUACAACGAAGGUAUUGAAUGUGCCAACGACAAUUUUGCCCAGUCCCGCCGUGCCCGGGCCAAGCAAGUGGUGGUGUUGAUUGUUGAUGGUAACCCGGAUAGAUCUGCCCAAGCCCCAAGUGAACAAGCCAUCUCUCAAACCAGGAACCAAGGUGUCAUCGUUUCCGUUAUUGCGGUUGCUCAAGGCUUUGUCAACAGGACAGCCGCUGGAGAUUUCGCUACAAACCGAGCUCUUUUCUUCGAGACAGACUCCUUCCAGGAAUUCGAGAGCGACACCAAUCUGUUCUUCUCCGCUAUCUGCCCAGAGGAGUUCAUUACAACAACCACAACAACAACAACAACCACAACCACUACAACAACAACGACAACAACAACGCUAGAAGUUGGCGGUCCGUGCGCUACCUGUGUCAUUAAAAACGGAAUAGGCUAUGCUGAAACAGAUGAUUGCUGGUCAUUUUUCCAAUGCCUACCCACGGAAUCUGGUCGGUUCACUCAGGUCAGACGAGAGCUCGCCGUGGGAACUUACUGGAAUCAGGCUCGUCUGGCGGGAGACAAUCCUAUCAACGCUAACUGCCCCAGAGACCCUUGUAUUAAUGCGAACAAUGGCUCACUGAUCAACGGAUAUGACAACUGCCGUGCUAGAAUUACCUGUAUUAACGGGAUUACCAGCUUUGUGGACUGUUGUCCAUUCGGAACAGCUAACGUCAACGGCCAGUGCGUCAGCGAUCCUACCUGUGUGGAUACCUGCGAACCGGUUGUGACCAGCGAAGGCCAAUGCUUCUUGCAAGCUGUGGAUGGCGACAGAAGCCGGUAUGUCUCCACGGAUGGAGAGUUUUCUGAGAUCAUGAGUUGUCCCAUUGGAACUUUCUUUGACCUUAACAUCUGUGGCUGCGAUCAUUUACAGGAGGACUUUGCCCCAAGACUGUGCGUUGAACACCCCGAGAUUGAGCUGGAGUUUGGACCCGAUGGUCAAGUCGUGGACGUGUCCAGGAACAGGUAUUAUACCACCACGGAGCAGUUUUCCACUAGAGAGACGAGAGAGAACUCCGGAGAGUUUGUUGGAGUGUUCAAUGGGGACACCCUUGUAAGGGUCCACUCCUCCAACCUCGACUUAACAGAUAGGGUUACCUUAGUAGUGGAAUACGUCACGACACAGAGCCAGCCCAACGCCAUCGUCGUGGCUAACAACGAGUGCGAGGGAACUUUCCGUUCCAUCGCCAUAAUGGAUGACAACUCGGUGCCAAUGGGCUUCGCCAGGACUGUGCCCGACCGUUCGGUCACUGUCAGCGGCGACCGAGAAACGGGAAGGAAGGAGGUUAUCUACCAGUUCCAAGCAGGACAAUUGAUAGUCGACUCCAACGGCAGAAUACAGGCCGCUGAGGCCGGAGCCUUGUUGGUGGAGCCUCUGAUUUGUGAUGGAAUCAAACUCGGCCGCUCUCCAGACUCCCCUGGCCUCAUAGGAGAAAUCAUUUCGUUCAAGCUGUUCAAAUGUUUAGCGGAUGGUCCCGAGGCUUUCUCUUCAUCAGCCGGCAAGAAAUAG